AUGUACCGAGCUCUGAUCAAACACCAGCUCACCAGGCCAUCGGCCUUCCACAUCACCAGAUUAGCGCGGGCCUCUGUCAGCGAGAAGGCCCGUCCAGACACCAAGGGCAACGAAGAAUGCAUGUUAUCUUUUUCCUUAUCUGAAAUUUUCGUCACCACCACAUUCCCUGAUGACUACGAAUCGUCUCCGUUGCAGCCAGACCUCCUAGAGCCGCGUCAAACAGCCGCUGCUGCCAGUGACAAGGGGAACGUCUCUGAUAAUGAGGUCAUGACACAGGGAACAACUGAGCAGCACAAAGCAGAUAUCUACGAUAGUCUCUGGGGCAAGGAAGCACAGGGAAGACCAAAAAAGCAAACAACAGCUCGAGACGAAGCACUCGAGGCUGAGCAUGAGCCCGACAUUGACGAGAUGUAA